GUCCCCUUUUUGUGUGUGUGUGUGUGUCUGUUGGUCCUUUCUGUGUGUAUCAACCCGCAGCUUCUUUUUUUCGGAAGGGGGGGCAAAAAUAUUUGGGGGGAGCUCAUGCAACCUGCCCUCCCCUCCCGGCCACUUCGCCCUGUAAGAGGUUGUGUGGGGUGCGUGUCACUUUAAGAGCGUGUGCGAGCGAGCCAAGCUCGGCUGAGGAGGCGGCGGCGGCGGCGGGAGACGGAGAGAAAGGAUGGCAGACACCGACCUUUUUAUGGAAUGUGAGGAGGAGGAGCUGGAGCCAUGGCAGAAAAUCAGUGACGUGAUUGAAGAUUCUGUGGUUGAAGAUUAUAAUUCAGUUGAUAAAACUGCUACGGUUUCAGUGAGUCUGCAGCCUGUUUCUGCCCCUCUGCCGAUUGUUGCCCAUGCAUCCAUAGGAGGUAAUCUCUCUACAGCUACAUCGGUCAGUAGCAGUGGGGCUCAAAACAGUGACAGUGCUAAGAAGACACUAGUGACGCUGUUUGCAAACAACAAUGGACCCCUGCCUCAAUCAGUGCACAGGAACAAUGCUGCUGACCGAAUGGCUGGCAACCCUCUUGUUCAGCAAGGUGGACAGCCACUAAUCCUUACCCAGAACCCAACCUCGGGGCUAGGCACAAUGGUAACACAGCCAGUGUUACGACCUGUUCAGGUGAUGCAGAAUGCCAACCAUGUUACUAAUUCACCAGUGAGCAGCCAACCUAUCUUCAUAACAACACAGGGAUUUCCAGUAAGGAAUGUCCGGCCUGUACAAAACACAAUGAAUCAGGUUGGAAUUGUUCUGAACGUACAGCAAGGCCAAACAGUUAGACCCAUUACCCUAGUCCCAGCCCCAGGUACCCAGUUUGUUAAACCAACCGUUGGAGUUCCUCAGGUUUUCUCUCAAAUGGCCCAGGUGAGACCAGGUACAACCAUGCCGGUCCGACCCACUACCAACACUUUCACUACGGUCAUUCCGGCCACGCUUACCAUCAGGAGCACUGUACCACAGUCCCAGGCACAACAGCAAAUGAGCAUUGCAAGCUUUGUGACUGUGAAGAGACCUGGAGUAACUGGAGAGAACAGCAAUGAGGUUGCUAAGCUGGUGAACACACUGAAUACCAUUCCUUCAUUAGGCCAGAGCUCUGGUCCACUUGUGGUUUCUAAUAGCAGCCCUGCACAUGGUUCCCAGAGAUCCAGUGUUUCAGAGUCCUCAUCCUCAUCGCUGAAAGUCAGCUCUUCCCCUGUCCCCACAUUUGAUUUACAAGAUGGUGGCCGGAAAGUCUGCCCAAGAUGCAAUGCCCAAUUUCGAGUGACUGAGGCUUUAAGAGGACAUAUGUGUUACUGCUGCCCUGAAAUGGUUGAAUUCCUCAAGAAAGGAAAAUCCCUGGAACCUGAACCAAAUAUUCAGCCUACAAAGCCUCCAUCUCCAGAAAAAACUGCAGCUGUUGCUUCACCGCCCUCCUCCACACCUAUCCCUGCAUUGUCUCCACCUGCUAAAGCUCCAGAGCAAAGUGAAAAUGCAGGUGACUCGUCCCAGAGCAAACUCAUCAUGUUGGUAGAUGAUUUCUACUAUGGCAGGGAUGGUGGCAAAGUGACUCAGCUUUUGAACUUCCCCAAGGUUCCAACAUCCUUCCGGUGUCCACACUGCACCAAGAGGCUAAAGAACAACAUACGGUUUAUGAAUCAUAUGAAACACCAUGUUGAACUAGAUCAGCAGAAUGGGGAGGUAGAUGUCCAUACUAUCUGCCAGCACUGUUACAGGCAGUUCUCCACCCCCUUCCAGCUGCAGUGCCACUUAGAGAACGUUCACAGUCCCUAUGAAUCAACCACGAAGUGCAAGAUUUGUGAAUGGGCAUUUGAGAGUGAGCCAAUGUUCUUGCAGCAUAUGAAGGAUACCCACAAGCCUGGAGAAAUGCCCUACGUUUGUCAGGUCUGUCAAUAUCGUUCGUCGCUUUACUCUGAAGUGGAUAGCCAUUUCCGAAUGAUCCACGAGGACACACGGCACCUGCUCUGUCCUUAUUGCCUGAAAGUCUUUAAGAAUGGCAAUGCCUUCCAGCAGCAUUUCAUGAGGCACCAGAAGAAGAGUGUUUAUCACUGUAACAAGUGUCGUCUGCAAUUCCUAUUUGCCAAGGAUAAAAUUGAACACAAGCUGCAGCACCACAAAACUUUCCGAAAGCCCAAACAGCUAGAAGGACUGAAACCUGGAACCAAGGUUACAAUUAGAGCAUCUAGAGGACAGCCGCGGACGGUGCCAGUAUCUUCGAAUGAUGCGCCACAGGGCACCUUGCAGGAAGCCACUCCACUGACGACUUCCUCGGACCCCCAGCCCAUCUUCCUGUACCCACCCGUCCAGAGGAACAUCCAGAAGAGAGCAGUCAAGAAAAUGAGUGUCCUGGGGAGGCAGACGUGCUUGGAGUGCAGCUUCGAAAUCCCAGAUUUCCCAAACCACUUUCCUACCUACGUCCACUGUUCGCUGUGUCGUUAUAGCACUUGCUGCUCCAGAGCUUAUGCCAACCAUAUGAUCAACAACCACGUUCCUCGGAAGAGUCCAAAAUACUUGGCCUUGUUUAAAAACUAUACUGCCUGCGGGGUAAAGUUGGCUUGUGCCUCCUGUCUUUUUGCAACAUCUGAAGGUGAUGCAAUGGCCAAGCAUCUGGUCUUCAACCCAUCACAUGAGUUCAGUAACAUCAUUUUCCGAGGGCCCACUUGGAUUUCACAUUCAAGGCACAGCCAGCCCCAUGACGGACUCCUGAAGAACAUAUACUCCACCUAUCCCCCAAGUAAAGCUGCUACUGUGAAAUCAAAGCCUUCGUUACCUGAGAAGGACGAGUUGGAGCCUGAAGCAGUGCCAGAGGCAUAUAAGAGACCUGUAGUUAGUCAGGAGGAAGAGUGCUUAAAUAUCGAUGAUCAAGAAGAAGAACAGCCAGCAAAAGAGCCCGAACCGGCAAGCAGAAAGGAACAACUGUCCGUGAAAAAGCUCCGUGUUGUACUGUUUGCUUUGUGCUGCAACACUGAACAGGCAGCGGAGCACUUCAGGAAUCCUCAGAGGCGUAUCCGGCGCUGGCUGCGGAGGUUUCAAGCUUUCCAAGAAGAUAACUUAGCAUCUUUGUCAGAAGGCAAGUACCUCAGCUUGGAGGCCGAAGAGAAGCUAGCAGAGUGGGUCCUCACACAAAGAGAGCAGCAGCUGCCUGUGAAUGAGGAAACUCUCUUUCAGAAGGCAACCAAGAUUGGCCGGUCCCUUGAGGGAGGCUUCAAGAUCUCCUACGAAUGGGCAGUGAGGUUCAUGCUCAGGCACCACCUCAGCCUGCACACCCGCAGAGCGGUGGCUCACCCUCUCCCCAAAGACGUAGACGAAAAUGCCAGCUGCUUCAUUGAGUUUGUGCAGCGGCAGAUCCACACCCAGGACCUGCCGCUCUCCAUGAUCGCAGCCAUUGAUGAGAUCUCUCUUUUCCUUGAUGUGGAGGUACUGAGCAGCGACGACAGGAAAGAGAAUGCGUUGCAGACAGUGGGGACCGGGGAGCCCUGGUGCGACGUUGUCCUCGCUAUCUUAGCUGAUGGCAGCAUUCUGCCAACACUAGUGUUCUACAGGGGUCACGUAGAGCAGCCUGCCAAUGUGCCGGAGUCUAUUAUAUUGGAAGCAAAGGAGAAUGGGUACAGCGAUGAUGAAAUCAUGGAGCUGUGGUCUUCUAGAGUGUGGCAGAAGCACACGGAGUGCCAGAACAGCAAGGGCAUGCUGGUGCUGGAUUGCCACCGAACACAUCUGUCUGAAGAGGUACUUUCCUUACUGAAUGCAUCCAGCACUCUGCCAGCCGUAGUCCCUGCUGGCUGCAGCUCCAAAAUCCAACCCCUGGAUGUGUGCAUAAAAAGGACUGUGAAAAACUUCUUGCAUAAAAAGUGGAAAGAGCAAGCCAAGGAAAUGGCGGACUCCACAUGCGACUCAGACAUUCUCCUCCAGCUGGUUUUAUGCUGGCUGGCGGAGGUUCUGGAAGUCAUUGGCGACUGUCCUGAACUCGUGCAGCAGUCCUUCCUGGUGGCUAGCGUGCUGCCUGGCCCCGAUGGCACGGCCAACUCUCCCACACGCAAUGCUGACAUGCAGGAGGAGCUGAUCGCCUCUCUGGAGGAGCAGCUGAAGCUGAGCGAUGAGCUGCAGGACGAAGAAGUUGGAUUCCAGGAUAGGACCCGUGCCGAAGAAUCUACAGACCCAGAAAUCCUCCACCAGCUCUUUGAAGGGGAAAGCGAGACUGAAUCCUUCUAUGGCUUUGAAGAUGCUGAUUUGGAUCUGAUGGAAAUCUGAGCACUAAUCUGAGAAUCAUGAUCCAGAAAGGGUUAUUUUUUAAAUAAAUGUUGGAUGAGACCAUUACACUUCCCUGUGGAUUUGUGGGAUUAGGAAAUUUUGUAGGUGAUCACUCAGAUUAAUAGCCAUUUAUGCUGUUCAUUUAUAAGUUUUGUGCUUUUUUUUAAAAAAAAAGAAAGAAAUCACUGUGUUGGUAUUUUCUGACGCUAUAUUGUGGGUGAAUAUUUUUGCGUUUUCUUUACCUCACUGUAUCAUAGUUUUCUGUUUUAUUGUGCAAAAAUGUUUUGAAUUAUACUACAUCGUCAAUGUGACCAUUUCUAAAGAAAGGAAAAAAAAAAUAUGUAGCUAAUGAACCAGUAUAUAAAUCUUUUGGUUGUCUUAACACAGAUUUUUUUUUUUUUUUUUUUUAAACAUUUGACCCAGAGAUUUAGGUUUCUGUAGUAACUUUAGAUAUGAAUUAUUGCUUUAAUGUGUGAAACCUUCUAUUAUUGGCCAUUGAGAUUUGGGUUUUUGUUUCUUUUUUAAAAAAGAAAAAGAAGAGCAAUGACUUUGCUUGUGAAUCUUGACACGGGGUAAAACACGGGGAUAGAAUUUUGCCUGUUCAAUGCCAGCAACGGUUCUUAGGAGCCAUUAGUAUUUGAACUGGGGUUGAACUGAGAUCUAUAUUUAGGGAGUUAGGUGCAGUGUUAAAGCCAGCCUCUCGUUUUUGAGUAGACUUCAUGACAACUGGAGGACACUGUGUGUGAUGGUUUCAUUCCUCCACCCAGGAAACCAUCUGACACCCACCCACCUUGCUCCAAAGAAUUACUGACAGAGGGUACAUGAUGGAAGAGACAAGCCAAGCCUGUCUUGAUCUUCCUGUACAAUAGAUGGGAGCUAAAACUAUAUGGACCAUUAAACAACCUUUUUAAACUACUAGUAGUUGAUAAACCUGCUUUAACCAGUGGCAUCAGACACUACGUUCCUUAGAAUUAGAAAAUCUGAUUUAAUGAAACAAACUGUGAUGUGCACAAAAGGAAGACGUUUGUUUUUAUUUUUCACUGCCAGCUUAAAUUUUUCUACAAUUUGCAUGUUUGAGGGUUUUUUAAUUGUAUGUAUUAUGGUAUAAACUGAAAGCAUUUUGACAUACAAAAAUCAGAAGCACCUGCACCUUUCUGUUUCCAUAGAGGUUUUUGAGAACCUUCCCUAUUACCCAAGGAAAGCAGGAGGCAGCAUGUGCAGACCUGUAAAUGGUUCAUCUUUAAAGUGUACAUAAGUGGAACAUUUAAUAAAACCAGGGAAAUG